AUUUUUGGAGGGUUUUGGGGCAGUUUGUGUAGUUCUGAAAGGGGCUUUGGGGCUUUUUGGGUUAUUUUUGGGAUCCUUGGGGGAUUUUGGAGGUUCCAAACUCCUGAGCCCCCCCCAAUCCCCCUUUGCAGUGCCCUGGAGGAUCCAGCUGUGCCCCCAGAUGUUGAGGGCCCCCAAAAAUACCUUCCCUGCUCCCGAAAUGCCCAGAUGUGAUCGGCGAGGGGCCAGAUCCAGAUGUUGGGGACCUGAAAAUGCCCAAAGUGGCCAAAAACACCUCAGAGGCUCCAGAUGUGGCAGCAGAAACCCCAAAUCCAGAUGUGCUAUGGGCCAGAAAUGGGCACCGGACACUGCAGGUGGACAGUGACACAGAUGUGGAGGAGGAGGGGCCAAACCCAGAUGUUGGGCCACAAAAAUGGCUUAAAAUGACCCAAAAUGUGCCUGAAACUCCAGAUAUGAGGCUAAAACCCCAAAAUCCAGGUGUUCCAUGGCUUAAAAGUGGGCAUGGCACCCUGCUGGUGGAGAGCGACACAGAUGUGGAGCAGGAGGAGGCUGAUCCAGAAGUGGAGCCCUCAGAACGGCUGAAAAUUACCCAGAACGUCCCAGAAACUCCAGAUGUUGCAGGAAAGACCCCAAAUUCAGAUGUUUCAGGCCCAAAAAUACGACACAGGAUGGAGCUGGUGGACAGUGACACAGAUGUGGACGAGGAUCCAGAUGUGCAGCCCCAGAAAAGGCUUAAAGUGACCCAAAACAUGCCUGGAAUUCCAGAUGUGGAGGUGGAAACCCCAAGUCCAGCUGUGAGGGCGCCCAAAAUUGGACACUGGAGAAUCCUGAUGGACAGUGACACAGAUCUGGAGGGGGACGAGGAGAGUCCAGAUGUGCAGCCCCAAAAACAACUCAGAAUGCCCCAAAAUGUGUCCGAAACUCCAGAUGUGGCAGCAAAACUCCUGAAUCCAGAUGUUUCGGGCCCAAAACUCUGUUCCCGGAUGCUGCUGGUGGACAGUGAUACAGAUGUGGAAGACGAAGUGAAUCCAGAUGUGCAGCCCCCUAAAAGGCUCAAAGGGACCCAAAACGUGCACAGAAUUCCAGAUGUGGAGGUGGCGACCCCACAUCCAGCUGUGGAAAGCCCCAAAAUUGGCCAUCAGACACUGGUGGAGGACAGCGACACAGAUGUGGAGGAUGAUCCAGAUGUGCAGCCCCCAAAAAGGCUCAGAAGGACUCAGCAUUUGCCCAAAGCUCCAGUUGUGCGAUGGGGGACACAAAAUCCAGAUGUUUCAGGCCCCACAAUCAGGAGUCAGAUGCUGCUGGUGGACAGCGACACAGAUGUGGAGGAGGAUCCAGAUGUGCAGCCCCUGAAACAGCUCAGAGCUACCCAAAACGUCCCCGAAACUCCAGAUGUGGCUGCGAAGCCCCCAAAUCCAGAUGUUUCAGGCCCUGAAAUCAGGUGCCAGGCAUUCCUGGUGGACAGUGACACAGAUGUGGAGGAGGAGGAGGUGAGUCCAGAUGUUGAGACCCUAAAAAAGCUUGGAAUGACCCAAAAUGUGCCUGAAAGUCCAGAUGUGGUGGCACAGACCCCAAGCCCAGAUGUUGGAAUGACUCAAAAUGGGUGUCAGGCACUGCUGGUGGACAGUGACACAGAUGUGGAGGAGGAGGAGGUGAAUCCAGAUGUUUGUAAUUCUAAAAGAUGGAAAAUGCCUCAAAAUGUGCCCCAAACUCCAGAUGUGCCCCCACAGCCCCCAAAUCCAGCUGUGAAGAGGUCACAGAGGGGUCACGGGGCGCUGCUGGAUGACAGCGACACAGAUGUGGAAGAGGAGGCAAAUCCAGAUGUUGGAUCCUUAAAAAGAUUGAAACCAGCCCCAAAUGUGCCUGAAACUCCAGAUGUAAGGCUGGAAAUGCCAAAUCCAGAUGUUUCAGGCACAAAAAUUGGGUGUGGGACGCUGCUGGUGGACAGCAAGACAGAUGUGGAGGAGGAUGAGACAGGUCCAGAUGUUUGGCCCUCAAAAAGACUGAAAAUGACCCAAAAUGUGCCGGAAAGUCCAGAUGUGCCCACACUGGCCUCAAGUCCAGCUGUUGGAGGCUCUGAAUCCAGAUGUGGAGCCUUGGUGGGGGAGAGUGACCCAGAUGUGGGGGAGGAUGAAGCUGAUCCAGAUGUUCAGCCCUCAGAAAGACAGAAGAUUACCCAAAAUGUGCCUGGAACUCCAGAUGUUAGGCUGAAACCCCCAAAUCCAGAUGUUGGGAGGCUCCAAGGGACCCAAACUGUGGCCGAGACGCCAGAUGCGGAGGGAGAGGAGGAAGAGUGGGAUCCAGAUGUGGCCACCCAGCUGUUCCUGACCCCAAAUCCAGAUGUGGGGGAGGCCGAGGUGGACCCAGAUGUUGGGAGCCCAGAACGACUCAAAAUGACCCAGAAGCCACCGGAAAUUCCAGAUGUGGAGGAGGAAGAGGAGUCAGAUCCAAGUGUGGCCACCCAGCUGUUCCUGCCCUCUCCUGAUGUUGGGAGCCCAAAACGACCCAAAAUGAGUCAGAACCCUCCCAAAAUUCCAGAUGUGGAGGAGGAAACCCCAGAUCCAGAUGAGGAGGAAGAACAGGAGUCAGGUCCAGAUGUGGCCACCCAGCUGUUCCUGCCUUCUCCAGAUGUUGGGAGCCCAGAAAGCACCAAAAUGGCCCCAAAGGACCCCAGAAUUCCAGAGGUGGAGGAGAAAGAGGAGUCAGAUCCAGAUGUGGCCACCCAGUUGUUCCUGACUUCUCCAGAUGCUGGGAGCCCAGAAGGACCCAAAACUACCCCAAAGGACCCCAAAAUUCCAGAUGUAGAGGGGCUGCCUUCUCUGAUCCAGAUGUGGCCACACAGCUGUUCCUGCCCCCACAUCCAGGUGUGGAGGACGACCCCAGCUCCAGAUGUGGAGGGGGAGGAGGACUUGGAUGUGGCCACCCAGCUGUUCCUGCCCCUGAUCCAGAUAUGUGGAGGUGGACACCCCAAGUCCAGAUGUGGAAGGGCCGGGGAGCCCUGCCUGAAUCCAGAUGUGGCCACCCAGCUGUUCCUGCCCCCUGCCCCAGAUGUGGAACCCCUGGAAAGCCCCAAAAGGGCCCCGGACGAGCCCCAGGUUCCAGAUGUGGAGGAGGCGGCCCCAAAUCCAGAUGUGGAGGGUCCCCCAAGCCCCGCCCAGGAGGGAGCAGAAGCCCCGCCCACCCCGCAGGUGCGGCGCAGUCGGCGAUUGGCUGUGAGUGGAGGGGGCGGAGCCUCACGUGGCCCCACCCCCACCCUGAAUGGGCACGAUCAAGGCUCCAAGCCACGCCCCCAGAGGGGGCAGGACCAAUCAGCGGCAGUGCUUGGAGAGGCCACACCCUCCGUGCCCAUAAAAGGAAACGGGCGGGGCUCAGUCACAGCCCCGCCCCCAGAGGAGGAGGAGCCAACAGAGGGUGCCAAGCGCAGGCUCCGCCCCCGGGCAGCACCAGGCUCCGCCCAGAUCCGGGUGCUGUUCACAGGCCUGGUGGCCUCCCCGGCGCUGCGGGUGGCCCUGGGGACGCUGGGUGGCACCGAGGCCACGUCAGUGCACGACUGCAGCCACCUGGUGACCGAUGGCAUCCGCCGGACACUGAAGUUCCUGUGUGCCCUGGGCAGGGGCGUCCCCAUUGUCACCCCCCAGUGGCUGCUCGAGAGCUCCCACAGUGGCCGCCCGCUGUCCCCAGGUCCCUUCCUGCCCCGGGACCCCCCCUGUGAGCGGCGCUUCGGCUUCCGCCUGCGCCCGGCGCUGGCCCGGGCCCGAGAGCGGCCCCUGCUGCAGGGCUACCAGGUGCACGUCACCCCCAGUGUCCAGCCGUGCCCCGAGGACAUGCGGGACAUUGUCACCUGCUGUGGUGGCACCUUCCUGCCACAGCUGCCCCAGGAAUACGCGCCCCGUGUCCUGGUGAUCUCGUGUCCCCAGGACCGCAGGCUGUGGCCCCCGGCCGUGGCCGCGCGGCUCCCGCUGCUCUCGGCCGAGCUGCUGCUCUCGGGGGUGCUGCAGCAGCGCCUGGAGCUGGCACCGUUCCUACUGAGCCCCUGGCAGCCCCCCGAACACACCCCUGAGCCUCCCCAAAACACCCCAAAUCCCACCCAAAACCAAACAAAUCCCACCCAAAACAAAAAAAAUCCCACCCAAAACCAAACAAAUCCCACCCAAAACACCCCAAAUCCCACCCAGAAUACCCCAAAUCCCACCCAAAAACACCCAAAUCCCAUCCAGAAUAGCCCAGAGCCCACCCAAACCCCAAAAAAUCCCGCCCCAAAACCCCCAAAACCCACCCAAAAAACCCCAAAUCCCGCCCAGAAACGGAAAAAUCCCCCCCGAAAAACCUCAAAUCCUCCCCCAGAAACCCCAGAUCCCACCCCAAAAACCCCAAAUCCCCCCCAAAACCAAAAGAAUCCCACCCAGAAACGCCCAAAUCCCGCCCAAAGUACUCCAGACCCACCUCGAAAAACCCCAAAUCCCCCCCAAAACCAAAAAAAUCCUCCCCAAAAAACCCCAAAUCGCCCCCAGAAACGCCCAAAUCCCACCUUAAAUUCCCCAAUCCCACCCCAAACCCAGUCCCGGCCCCAUUUGAGGGGCUCCACCCCUCCCCCGAGCCCCCCCAGGACCCGGAGUGGGCGGAGACCCCCCCAAAAUCCCCCCCUGAAAACCCCAAAUUCACGCACCCACCAAAAAACCCCAAAUCCACCCAAAAAAUCCCCAAAUCCAUCCCAAAAAACCCCAAAUCCACCCCAAAAAACCCCCAAACGGCCCCGGAGUCACUCAGAGGGUCCCGACCCCGAUUUUGGGGUCCCAGACCCCCCACAGGAGCCCCCCAGGACCCGGAGCCGUCAGGGACCCCCCCAAAAUCCCCCUCGGGACCCCCCAAAUUCAGGGACAUCCAAAAAAACCCCAAAUCCAACCCCAAAAACCCCAAACCCGCCCCAAAAAACCCCCAAACAGCCCCGGGGUCCCCCUGAGGGUCCCAGCCCCAAUUCUGGGGUCCCAAAUCCCCCCCUGGAGCCCCCCCGGACCCGGAGCGGGCGCAGACCCCCCCCCAAAUGCAGGGAACCCCCCAAAAACCCCAAACCGGCCCCAAAAAGCCCCAAAUCCCACCCCAAAACGCACCCGGGGUCCCCCGAGGGUCCCGCCCCCAAUUUUGGGGUCCCCGAGCCCCCCCCGAGCCCCCCCCGGACCCGGAGCCGCCGGGGGGCCCCAAUAAAGUGA